AUAAUGAAAUAUACAUACACAUCCAGCUAUCUCUCUCUCUAUUUCUCUUUCUCUCUCUUACAUUUCCAGCUAUUCUAGAACCUCCUGAAAUUUUUGCUUCUUCGAUCUUCUCUCAAACUAUUCCUCAAUUUCACUAAUCAAAUUUGUUCCAAGUCAUUUUCUUUUCAUCAAUUUCAUUUUAAUAUACGCUUAUUUGAUCCAGAGAUCAGGAGCUGUUAAUUUCUUAUUAUAUCCAGUUGCUAGAUUUUUCUGAUUGUUUUCAGGGUUUUGAAAUGCUAUUGUUUUGAAGUCAAAAGGUGUUAGAUCAAAUUUAGAGGAGAGAAUGGCGUGUGUGAUAAAGGCGGUGUGGGUGAUGAGAGGAUUUAGGGGUAAAGGGGAAGAGAGGUGAGAUUUUGUUGACUUAAAACAUACUUUGGAGCUUUGAAUGCGGGAGUGAUUGAUUCCCGAGCCGGAGGCUCGGGAUUUAAUUUUACUGUGUUUUGGAUCUUUGUUAACGGAAUAUUUAUCCAAUGGCGGAAGAGCUGGAGAAUGAGCAGCCGCCGCCGCAGCAGCAGCAGCUUACUUCUUACUCCGAAAAUGAUCAUACUUAUGCUGAAAAUGAUCAGCACCAGACAGAAAAUGAUCAGGGGACAGCAGGAGAGUGCUAUCCUGGUCGCCCUAACCCUCUACCUGAGGGCUUUAUGCAGAAAUUCCGCCUUUAUGAAACUCGAUCGAAUUUUUAUAUGAUAGGUAGGGACAAGAGCCGAACAUGCUGGAGAGUAUUAAAAAUUAACAGGUUGGAGGCUUAUGAGCUAAAUAUACUUGAAGAUUCUACAACGUACACUGAAAGGGAAUGUUCUGACCUUUUGAGGAGGAUACAUGAGGGAAAUAUAUCUACAGGAGGGCUUAGAUUUGUCACCACUUGUUAUGGAAUUGUUGGUUUUAUUAAAUUCUUGGGGCCCUAUUACAUGUUGGUUAUAACCAAAAGGAGGCAAAUUGGUGCAAUAUCUGGUCACAAUGUAUACUCAAUCUCGAAGAGUGAGAUAAUCCCGCUUCCGAACUCUGCAGUUCGAUCCAGUAUGAUGAUUGACCAUCGAAAUGAAGACAGAUACAAGAGGCUUCUCUGCACGGUUGAUCUUACAAAGGAUUUCUUCUUCAGUUAUUCAUAUCAUGUUAUGAGGAGUGUACAAAAGAAUAUCUGUGAUGCCGAGACAGGGAAUGUCCUGUAUGAGACUAUGUUUGUGUGGAAUGAGUUUUUGACUCGCGGAAUAAGGAACAUCCUUCAGAAUACUCUCUGGACAGUUGCACUAGUCUAUGGGUUCUUCCAGCAGGCUACGCUGUCCAUAUCUGGGCGACAAUUUAGGCUGACACUUAUUGCAAGACGUUCUCGUCAUUAUGCUGGGACAAGAUAUCUGAAACGUGGUGUGAAUGAAAGGGGCAGGGUUGCAAAUGAUGUUGAGACUGAGCAGAUCGUAUUUGAGAAUGUUCCAGAGGGGAUCCCUAUUCAAAUUAGUUCUGUGGUUCAAAAUCGUGGAUCAAUCCCACUUUUCUGGUCACAGGAAACUUCAAGAUUGAACCUUAAGCCUGAUAUCAUAUUGUCAAAAAAGGACCAAAGGUAUGAGGCUACAAGACUUCAUUUUGAAAAUCUGGUCGGUAGAUAUGGGCAUCCCAUAAUCAUCUUGAAUUUGAUUAAGACGAGUGAGAAGAAGCCUCGAGAAUCGAUUCUUCGUGCUGAGUUUGCCAAUGCCAUUGAAUAUAUCAAUAAAGAUUUGUCAGAGGAGAAUCGUCUCAAGUUCCUUCACUGGGAUUUGCACAAGCAUUCUCGAAGCAAAGCUACAAAUGUUUUGCUCCUUCUGGGAAAAGUGGCUACAUAUGCAUUGACACUGACAGGCUUCUUCUACUGCCAAGUAACACCAGCCUUAGCAACUGAGGGAUGCUUGAAAUGGCCUUAUUUUGAGAGUUCUGUUGAUAGUGACACGCAGCAGCCAGUACAGUGUGAAAUUGAAAACGAGUCAAAUGACAACCACCAUGAAGAUGGUAGUGAGAACUUAGAUAGAUUUGACAGAAGAUUAUGUACCAGGAACAAUGUGGCUAAUGGUGGUGGUUUUGGUAAACCGCCAAUUCUUCAAAAGGGAGUGCUCAGGACAAACUGCAUAGAUUGUUUGGAUCGUACUAAUGUGGCACAAUAUGCAUACGGAUUGGCUGCUUUGGGACAUCAACUGCGAGCUCUGGGAAUAAUAAAUUCCACAAAAAUAGACCUUGAUGAUCCCUUGGCUGAUGAAUUGAUGGGCUUCUACGAAAGAAUGGGUGAUACACUUGCUCAUCAAUAUGGUGGCUCAGCUGCUCACAAUAAGAUUUUCUCUCAGCGAAGAGGUCAAUGGAAGGCAGCCACCCAGUCCCAAGAGUUUUUCAGGACUCUACAACGGUAUUACAGCAAUGCUUACAUGGAUGCAGAAAAACAAAAUGCCAUUAAUGUAUUCUUAGGGCAUUUUCAGCCUCAACCAGGCAAACCUGAAGUCUGGGAGCUGAAUUCUGACCAGCUUUACAGGGAAAGUAGGAAUGGACAAUCAAAUAUUGAUAAAAAUGGAAGGUCACUGUUUAAAAGAUCUUUAUCAGAUGGAAACAUUCUUCGAGAAACUCACACUCCUGUAUCCACCUCUAACAUGAGCAAAGAUAUUUCUAAUUCUUUGCCUGAUACACCUGAAGGAGGGAGCAAUAUUCUCUCUGAGUCAACACCCAAUAUACCAACUUGUGAAAACGAGUUAUCAUAUUCGAGGUAUACACCCUCAAUGCCUGUGAGGGAACUUUUCGAAGAUUUGCCAAGAGACAGAUGUCAGGAAAAUGAAAAUGGAGAUUCUUAUGACUGUUCAAAUUUUGUUGAUUUGGAUUGGCUAUCUUCCUCUGGAAAUUCAUGUGAAGAAGAGAUAUUGGAGAGGUCACUGCUUACAUCUCCAAUUGCUGGACUUUCAUCAGAUAAUGUUGUCAGUGAUUUGGCAGGGGAAGCAACCCCAGUAAUCAGUGAGUGCGGAUCUAGCAUGAAGGGUAGGGACCAGACUGGAACUGAGUUGUGCUAUGAUGAUAGCUAUGGUAGUGAGGUUCAUGAGGAAUUUUCAGAUUGUUUUGUACAUUGGGUGACGUAUGGAGAAACUCUGUGUCACUGAGGUUCUUGUUGAGUUUUCAUGCAUCGAUGUAUGCAUUUUGCAGAUAUACUUAAAGAGGCACUGGUCACUGGGUUUAUGAUAAGAGGAAAGGGAAGAAUGGAGGGGGUGGGGUGAAGAGCUGUUUGUGGGGGCAGAGUUGAGGUGUCAGUGGCAGGUCUAAAAUGAGUUGAAGAAACGAGUAAAAGAGCUGUUGUGCCUGCAUUCUUUUGUUUGACGAGCUUCUGGAAAUUAUUCCUCUCUGCCCAUGCGUCUGAUUUGCAGAAUGAAUUCGAUCGUCUAAACUUCGGUCGGAGCCUGAUACAUUAGCGUACACCCGAGUAAAUAGCCAUCAACAAUUUUAAAGAUUCUUUUGGAGCUCUUUCUCAUCAACUUCGUUGUAGUUAUUUUCGUCAACAACUAAUCCUCCGAUUCUUAGUUGCAGUGGUGUAAAUAUGAUCCAACUCAUUGGAGCUCCCGUCUCUUGCAGUUUUAGGCCAUUGAUUUGUUUUGUCCAUUUAUUUUUGGAUCUAUCAAAAUUUAUCGUGCGAAUAAGCUCUUAAAUAAACUUUUGGUAGGACAGUUUAUGUUUUGA